AUUUUGUUGCACUAUUUGUCUCAUAGCAGUGCAGAAUAUUCAAAUAUUCAUCUUAUAUUCUGUAUAAAAAUCACCCAUUCCUUUGCUGGAUAUGCAUCCCCACACCAUGACUUGAAGUUUGCAAUAUUUCAGUGUCGGUAUAACAUCCGCCUUUCCAGUGCUUUUAACGGCUGCCUCCACCCGAUAUUUGGUCCAUCGUUGAAACACAACAUGACUUCAGUCUUAUCGCAGAAUAUCACAUCAUCCCAGUAUCUGAUAUCUUCCAUGCACGACAGAAAAUACACUGACCAAGUAACUAAUAAACCAGAAAUAAUCACCUUUUAUAAUGAAAAUAAAGGAGGAUUUGAUUCCAUUGACGAAAAGUGUUCAAAAAGUAAAUCCAGUCGUCAUAGUCGAAGGUGGCCAUUGACAAUCUUUUUCCGUGUCUUGGAUAUUUCUGUGCUAGCUAUGCAAUUGGUGGAAGAUCAUAUGAAACGGCGCAUAACAAUGAUGAAUAUAACACGUGAAAUACGAACCAUGAUUAGAAGAAUACUUAGAGUUCCAGAAGAACAACCAACUAAUGAUGAAACAAAUCUUAUUCUCCAAAAACGUAAGAUUUGCCAUAUAUAUUCUAGCAACAAACGCAGGAUGACCAAAUACCUAUGCGUUUAUUGCAAGAAUCCAGUCUGCUUAGGGUGCACAGAUCCAAUCUGCAAAAACUGUAUCUCAAACUUGUGAACUUUGGGCCUUGCUGGAUACAAAACCACCUUCAACUUUCCAUAUCUUUAUGAGUUUUAUGGUUAUAUAAUGAUUUACAAAUGAAUUCUUAAAAAAAAAAAAUAGUUAACUAGCUUGUUCUCACUUUUUUAUGAUUUUCGGAAAGAAUAAGCAUUUUUUUUGUAGAUGGGGUACAUUAUUUCUUCUUGUGUUUAUAAUUUGUUAGACUUUGCCCCAAUUGCAUGUAUUUUUACUAAAUGUAGUUCAUUUGUGUUCAUAAUAUCGAUGUUUAUUAAAAAAUAAUAAUAACUUUAUGUUGUGUUUUAUUCUUGAGCUUCAAAACGUACUCGUCUCACAGACUACGCCGGACCAGUUAUGUUACUAAUGGAGUACCGGACCAAUUAAGGGUUAAUCUUCACGAAACCCCCUAUAAUACAACAGCAAAUUUGCUUCUGCGAUAAAUGUACCGCUUUUAUGUACCCAUAAAUUUGUUCUUUUCGCGUUCAGAUUUUGUUAUUGUGUACAAUACUCAAUUCGAAGAUAUGUGAAGAAACGUUUUUGAUAUGAAAACUUCUAAUUAGUUUUAAAAAAUUUUCGGUUUUUAAAAGCCAGCGCUUUCUGCAUCUUCCGUUAAAUUGUUUGGCUGGAAUGCUCUUCCAAUUUGUGGUGUGCGUCUUGAUAUUUUCCUUUUUCUACAAACACAGAGGCCUAUAGUUUUAUGUCACCUUUGAAAAACU